UAUGUCUGCAACAGGAAAUGUCGGACGGUUUUCACCAUCACACGUUUCAAUCUCCAAAACAAAGACCAACACCUUAUAUUCUCAAAUCUCAAACCCAAUUUUCUUGUUUCUUGAAUCAUCAAUAUCUCUGCUCAUAAAUCGAAUAUGCAGAUCUCUUCUUCUUCUGCCAAAUUGACCAAUCUCCAUAUGAUAAGAUCUAGUAGUGAUCACCAACAUCAAUGGAGACAUAACUACAACUUGAAGCAGCUUUAUGUUCCAAGCUCUUGUCCAAACCUCUCUGUUUCAAACUCUCCUUUGAAGCAAAGUGUGGCAGCUAUAGUGUUCGGAGGAGGACCAGACCCUGAGCUUUAUCCACUGAACAAAACAAGAUCCAAAGGAGCAAUCCCUAUUGCUGCAAACUACAGACUUAUCGAUGCAGUCAUCAGUAAUUGCAUCAACAGUGACAUCACUAAGAUCUAUGCAAUCACCCAGUUUAAUUCCACUUCUCUCAAUUCACAUCUAUCCAGAGCUUACAGUGGAUUUGGAAUCGUAAAAGACAGAUUCGUUGAAGUCAUUGCCGCUUAUCAGAGCCUUGAAGAUCAAGGAUGGUUUCAGGGAUCUGCUGAUGCGAUAAGAAGGUGUUUGUGGGUAUUUGAAGAGUUUCCAGUGACUGAGUUCUUGGUUCUUCCUGGAUAUCAUCUCUACAAAAUGGAUUACAAGACGCUAAUCGAGGAUCAUAGAAGAAGUAGAGCGGAUAUAACCAUUGUUGGACUAAGCUCUGCUACAGACCAUGACUCUGGUUUUGGCUUCAUGGAAGUUGAUUCCACGAAUCAUGUCACCAGAUUCACUAUCAAACCUGAGAGGGGUCAACAAGAUUUUAUCUCUGUGGUAAACAGAACAACAACAACAACAACAACAACAACAAGUGAACCAACUUCUUCUUGCUGUGUCCCAAGCACAGGGAUUUACGUGAUCGGUCGAGAACAGAUGGUGAAGCUUCUGAGAGAAUGUUUGGUAAAAGCGAAAGACUUGGCCAGCGAAAUAAUUCCUGGUGCGAUCUCUGAAGGAAUGAAGGUGAAAGCUCAUAUGUUUGAUGGAUAUUGGGAAGAUGUGAAGAGCGUUGGAGCUUACUAUAGAGCUAAUAUGGAUAGUAUAAAGAGGUGUAGAUUGGGACUCAAUUACAGAUUCUACGACAGACAAUAUCCGCUGUACACAAUGCCUCGGUGUUUGCCUCCAACCUCCAUGAGUGAAGCUGUGAUAACCGACAGUAUUAUCGGAGACGGUUGCAUUCUCGAUAGAUGUGUCAUCAGAGGAUCAGUGGUUGGAAUGAGAACAAGAAUCGCUGAUGAAGUGAUCGUAGAGGAUUCAAUCAUCGUAGGUUCUGAUAUAUAUGAGAUGGAAGAAGAUGUAAGAAGAAAAGGGAGGGAGAAGAAGAUAGAUAUUCGAAUAGGGAUUGGUGAAAAGAGUCAAAUAAGAAGAGCCAUUGUUGAUAAAAAUGCCAGGAUUGGUAAAAAUGUUAUGAUUAUCAACAGAGACAAUGUUGAGGAAGGAAACAGAGAAGCUGAAGGAUACGUUAUAAGAGACGGAAUCAUUGUCAUACUUCGAAACGCAGUGAUCCCAGACAACUCCAUCCUCUGAAAUUUUUUCCAUCAUUACAAAAUUCAUCAUUUUUCUACUAUUUUUUAAAUGUAAUAAAUUGCAUAUCCUCGAUGGAUAUAUAUGUAGCUAGAGAUUCGAGACUGAUUUUCAUACACUUCCACUAAUAUAUACGUGAAAACCUAUUAGUUUCCCUUUCUCAUUUGUUGUUCUGGAUGGAUGUGUGUGCAUUUGGUUUUCAAGCAGAUGGGAAUGGUCUCCUCUGCAGCAUUGGAUGGGAGUAUUUUCUCCCGCAUUGUUUCCUUUCAGAAUCUCCCGCAUGGUUCCAACACCAAGUGAGCUUCCCCUUGCUUAUGGUGGGGUGCCAUAGUGAUGAUGAAUGAUCCAAUGGCACUUCCGUGUAGUUCUGGCUGUCUCUAAGGCCCUUUGGUAUGGUUACCAUUCUAUGAUGCCUGAAUGGUACACUUCUACUUGUACCGGAAGGUUGAACCAAGGACGUUUCUACCACCCAAAAAAGAAAAAAAAAAUGUAUUUAUAGUUCGA